AUGAAUGAGACUUAUUAUCAAUGUGUAGGGAUUGUUAGGACAAUUGAAGCUAUAUUAACAGAAAAUAUAGAUAGUGUAAUCCAAGGAAAAGAAAAAUUCGUUUUAUCACACUUCCCUCUUAUAGAAAUCGAAAACAUUUGUAAAGAAGUUGACAAAAUUUUCCAAUCUGAACCGAUCGUACUUGAUAUCAACAUGCCAAUACUAGUUGUAGGUGACCUUCAUGGCCAUUUGCUUGACCUUUUACGAAUUUAUCGAAAUUAUGGAUUUCCACCAAAACAAAAUUACAUAUUUCUAGGCGAUUACAUAGACCGAGGCGAGUUUUCUCUCGAAGUAGUACUAUAUAUUUAUGCUUUUAAGUUUCUUUAUCCAAAAAACGUAUACAUGAUUCGAGGUAAUCACGAAUUCUUUUCCAAUUUCAAUUCAUCACACGUUUUUUCAACAGAAUUAGAGACCCACUACCCUAGAACUAGACUUUACGAAACAAUCAUUAAUAGUUUUUCUUCAAUGCCACUUGCCGCUAAAUUGUUCGACAAAGUUUUAUGCAUACAUGGCGGAAUCUCUCCGGAUUUCGUUUCAUUAGACCAAUUAUAUCAAUUUAAACGACCAAUAGUUGAAUAUAAUAACGAUCCUGUGUUAACAGGGUUAUUAUGGUCCGAUCCAAACAAAAAUGAAGAUCACUUUUGUCCCUCGCGUAGAAAAACUGGAUUUUUGUUUGGCCAGACACCUUUUUUGAAUUUUAUUAACAACAAUCAUAUAUCAUGCGUUCUAAGAGGUCAUGAAUGUGUUAUGGAUGGAUACCAAGUACAUUUCGGAGGCAAAUUAAUUACAGUUUUUUCAUCAUCGAAUUAUUGUGGGACAACUGGUAACAAAGCCGCUGUUCUGUUUGUAGAUCAGAAUGAUAUGAAGCCUAUUUCGCUAGAUCCGCUAGGUUACAUCACUCGAGAAACAACAAUUUUCCUUCCUUCAUGUGAUUUCAUUGAUAUCUACUGGAAACAUGGAAAAACAUCGGCCAGACCGAUACUGAAUCCGUCCAAACCGAUUUUAGCUUCUCUUUCUACGAGAAGUAAACUUGGAGUUAUUUUGAAGCAGCAUAACACUCACCGCCCUUUAAUUAGAUGCAGUAACUCACAGACUGCAAAAGGUAUUUCUGAAAAGCAAGAUAAUUAUAUGCUUUUCGCUACAAAUUGA